AUGGCGACUUCAGUCCCCAAGGACGACACCAAGAUUAGCGGACAUAACGAUCUUGCUCCAACAACUAGCUACAUUGAUGGCGAAGUCCUCGACACAGGAAUUGAUUAUGGGUAUCUCAACGCUCCAAAGUUCACAAAGUUCUACAGGAGUGUUUUGUUCCAGAUGAUUCUCCUUGGACUUCUCUCAUGUGUUGGUCCAGCCAUGUCUGAUGCCAUUUCCAACCUUGGAGGCGGAGGUCUCUCCACUCCGUAUCUGGCAAACUUGGCGACAUCAUUGAACUAUACGGCUGGGUGUCUGCUUACCCUCUUCGGAGGCCCUUUGAUCAACAAGUUUGGUAUCAAGUGGUCCUGCAUCAUAGCAGCGGUGGGGAUGCCUCUUUCCGGUUCUGCGUACUAUGUAUGCGCAAAGUACCGUGUAAAUUGGUAUCUCAUUUUUGCAAAGCUUCGAUCAGGUGUUUGGUCGGCCAUGAGAAACUCAGGUAGCGUCAUUGGAGGCGCCAUCAACCUUUCCAACAAUCACAGCGACUCCAAAGCAGGUGGCGUUGCGUGGUCUACCUAUCUCGUCUUCAUUGCUUUCGAAUGUACCGGUCUGAUUUGGGCUUUCCUGCUAUCGCCUACCAGAAGAGUACGACGCCGUGAUAGCAGCAAGGUUCCCAUAUCCGAGAGAGCCAGCUGGAAACAUGAGUUUACCGCAUUAUGGAGGCACUUGCAGCGCCGAAAGACUUGGCUCAUGGCAUUACCCGCCUUCUACUCCUUCUUCUGUGGUGGAACUAUGGGCACUUAUCUAUCGUUGCACUUUUCCGUUAGAGCUCGCGCAUUAUCUUCUCUACUUCUCCCGACCCUGUCCAUCGUCAUGGUGAUGGCUUACGGGAAGGUCUUGGACAGGACCCGCUGGUCUCAGGCCAAGCGAGCAUGGAUCUCUUUUGCCUGUUGGUUGAUUCCCCAAACAGCAUGCUUCAUAUGGAUUGGUAUCGAAUAUUCAAAGUUUGGCGGAGGCAAACUUGAAAGCGCUCUGGACUAUGAAAGGAGAUGGGCUGAAGCCUACCUCCCAUGUUUGAUAAUGCAGUCCACUAGCUACGUAUGCCAGUUAUCUCUAUACUGGAUCCUCGGCACUUUCUCCACUGACACCGGAUCUUCUGCCCGCUCGGGCGGUUUGCUCAGGGCUUUUGAGACGGCUGGACAAACGGUCUCCUACGCGCUCAACUCUCACAGCGGCUCCGACGCCAGAAUCCCCUUCUAUGUCCACGCUGUGAUCUUGUGCCUUACUGUGCCCUGCAUGGUGUUCCUGAUUAGGCUUGUUCCAGAAGCCCCCGCUGCAACGGAUAUAGAUGUGGAGCCAGUGAUCGAGGGUUUACCUGAUAACAAGCAGGUCACUUAG